AUGAAGCAAUUCCACAUGAAAGGCAAUAAAAUGCUUGAGGAUCUCCACGAGGGAGUCUUUGCUGGUCUUUCCUUCCAGUGGAUAUUCGUGGAAGACACCAACGUGAGGACAAUUCAUCCAUCCGCUCUCCUCCAUUCCAUGGAAGUAAUUAUGGAUCUCACCAUAGGGGAUAGUGGACUAGAGGAGUUUCCCUUUCAGCUGCUUCCAAAGUUCCGCCGCCUCAAGGGACUCAGCCUCUAUGGAAAUUUGUUGACAUCAGUUCCGGCCUUGCAAACUGACACAUUGGAAAUGCUAGAUCUGUCAAUGAACAAUAUCAGUCGACUAGAGGGCAACGAAUGGGCGACUCCCAGCUUGAAGAAUUUCAACCUUUCUUCCAACUCGUUAUCCUCAGUCCCAGCCCUCAAAAUUGACAGCCUGGAAAUACUUGAUCUUUCAAGGAAUGAGAUUACCCGGUUGGAGGUAAAUAGAUUGGCUAUGCCCAAAUUGAUGAUUCUCGAUCUCUCCAGGAAUUCAUUGGCCUCAGUUCCAGCAAUGAAAAUGCAGAGCCUUGAAAGGCUUAACCUAUCAUUGAACAUAUGGUUAAAUCGAGUGGAGGAAGAUGGAUGGGCGACUCCCAACUUGAAGAGUAUCGACCUAUCUGGGAAUUCACUUACCUCAGUCCCUAUCCUCAAGAUCGACAGCCUAGAAAAACUCGAUGUUGGCAGCAAUGAUAUUAAUCUGUGGGAGAAAAAUGGAUGGGGGGCACCAAGAUUGAAGAAUCUCUGCCUCUCCUGGAACUCACUAACCCAGGUUCCAGCUCUCAAAAUGGACAGCCUUGAGAUACUUGACCUAGGUUUUAAUAAGAUUACUCGAUUGGAGGAGAAUGGAUGGUCAACUCCGAAUUUGAAGAGCCUCUACAUUAGUUACAAUCCUCUGGCGAUGUUGCCGUCUGCAGUGAUUAAGGACCUCAAGAAAUUAGAGGUAUUUUCUUGUGAAAAAUGCAACCUGGGUCCCACGCUUCCCUGCGGAUUCUUGGAAUUCCGGAGCAACGCUUUGAAGACGGUUUCCCUCAUUCUCAGCGGCAUCUCGAUCUUGGAGCCAGGAGCCAUCACUGGUCUGAAAGCUGACACCGGAGUUUACCUCGAUAAUAACAACAUCACUACAUUGGAUGAGAGGAUCUUUCGAUCCAUCCUAGGAGUCAUUCUCCCAGGAGAUGGAAUCCUCUCUCUAAACGGUGAGCCCCUGCUCAAGAAACCUCAUAUUUAUCCUCAUGAGGUUUCAUGA